AUGUCCUCCAAACUCAAAAUCGGAGUUUCUCAAUCCCACACUCUGGCCACGCUCCAAGCUACACUGUCGUCCCUCCGGGAAACGACACAGCAAGCGGCGCAGAAGGGGAUCUCUAUCCUCUUGUUCCCAGAAGCGUACCUGGGCGGGUACCCACGGACGUGUAGCUUCGGGGCGGCAGUUGGGGCUCGGACCGACCAUGGACGAGACCAAUUCCUCGCGUACAGCAAGUCGGCGGUCGAUCUCGGGGACACGCCUAAUGGGGCUGGGGACGACUGGAUUGAGAACAGGUUGCCGGUGAACAAGGAGACGGGGAGGCGAGGGGACGGCACACGCGAAUUCCUCGAGGACGUUGCACGCGAGACUGGGGUGUUUAUCGUGACGGGCGCUGUGGAGAAGGCCGGUGGGAGCUUGUAUUGCGCGGCGCUAUACGUUGAUCCGGCGCGUGGUGUCAUCGGGAAGAGGAGGAAGGUGAUGCCGACGGGCUCGGAGCGCCUCGUGUGGGCGCAGGGCCAGCCGUCGACGUUGAAGGCUGUGGUCGCAAACAUCAAGGGCGUCAGGAUCGUCAUGGGCUGCGCCAUCUGCUGGGAGAAUUACAUGCCGCUCCUCCGCUACGCCAUCUACAGCCAGGGCGUCAACCUUUGGCUCGCACCAACUGCCGACCCACGCGAUACGUGGGAGAGUCUGAUGAAGACGGUCGCAAGCGAGGGCCGAUGUUUCGUCCUCAGCGCGAAUCAGGCUAUCAAGAGGAAGAGCCUCCCAGAGUGGAUCACGGGUGUAAAGGGACAAGAAGCUACGAACAAUGAAAGUCAUAGCCUAUCAAACGGGACAUCAACAGCUGGAAGCUUUGCCACAGCAGGCCGUCGCCGAUCCAUGUCGACGAGGACGGAAGAGAAUCACGAGAUUACCUGGCGCUGCAAGGAUGGUGCGAUUGAUGAGGAGUCAAUGGUCUACGGAGCAGAUUCCUCUUCCGCCAUAGUUGAUGCAAAAUCAGCUACUACACCCAAGGCCGCAGGUCGGUCCACUGCUGAUGAAGGCGAACAGUUUGUCUCCGCCGGCGGCUCGUGUAUCGUCAAUCCGCUCGGCAAGACGCUCGUGGGCCCGAUUUGGGAGAAAGAGCACGAAUUAAUAUACACCGAGGUUGAUUUCGAUGACUGUGAGCGUGGACACCUGGAUUUCGACGCCGUUGGCCACUACUCACGACCCGAUGCGUUCAAGCUGACCGUUGAAGGAUUGGACCUCAACCCAUUACCCUGA